AUGUCGCUUCACAACAAGUUCCCAUAUAAUCACCCACGCGAUGUGGGCGUCCCUACACCAAGCCCCUCUAGAAACAACACCGCUCUACUAGCUGCCUCUGCAGCUUUCUCGACCCUCGCCUUCAUGGCUGCAGCAUACUCAUUGAUGGACACAAACGACAUACAGGCCAACCCUACACGGAUCGUCUGCUGUCUGGGGUUCUUUCCCACAACCAUAGUCAUGACACGGGUAGUCACGUUGUCUUGGAGAUCGCGAGCAGCCUUCUGCCUCGCCGUGUCGUGUGUCAACGCGCUCAUCGCUACCAUUAUUAUGACACUGUGUGAUCCCCUGCUUGGCCAUGUCUUUCUCUCACUCUCGACAGCAGGUACCGUCUGUUAUUACAAGGCACACAUUGUCGAUAUCCACGACGACCAAGAAGGCCCCUGCUCGACUGAGGACUCCUAUCAAGCUGCAGCUCUCGUGUUCUGCUACAUGGCCUGUGCUGUGCCCCUGUGGACACAGAUUGGAUGCGCGCAUGUUAUGCUGAUUGUGCUCAACUGUGGAAUAAUGUACUUUCUUACAGUUAGACCUACCAUAAUCUCUCGCAUUCUCGCCCUCCUCGUCAUCAUACUGUCUUCGCUGUACCUCAUGUGCACUUCUCAGGGACCUGCUGGUGGCCUUCAUCUUGUUUUCAUGGCAAUUGCUGCAGAGCUCACCAUUGACUACUCGAAGUACAAUACCCUGGGCGAAAAGAAAUCUACCCAUGAUACCUUGGCCUUUCUAUGUUUUAUUUGUGGACUAGCUACAUUGGGUGUGGCCCUGAAUGAGUCCCAGCCAAGAGAGUUCCUGACGGUCUACUUGGCGGUGUUUCUAUCUUUGACCGUCAAUGCCAUGUCGGCAACCAGAUACAGCGACAAGAUAGUUCAUAUGGUUCAUACUGUGCUCUGGUCCUGGUUGGUGUCGGUGUACAUGAUGAACCAGAGCUACCACCACGGUAUUAUUCACGCUAUGCUUUCGGUGACCACAAUCUGCAUCUACAGCGAAAUGGAUCUUCCAGAACGUGACUCCAAAGUCCGUGAGACGCCACUAAGAUACAUUGCUAGCACAGUAUGCAUUAUUGCCGGGCUAUUGACCAUCGACAUUUGGACCAAGCAUGUGCUAGACCUGGUUUUAGAGCCAGACAAUGUGGUCAUGCUUAAUAUAAUGGCAGGAUUUUUCCAGAUGCUAUUUUGUUUUGCUCCACUCUGCAUCCUAGAUGAGAACCACGAGGGGGACAUCGGCCAUCAGGACGCUCUGCUGCUUUUUCUGGGGGUCGCCAGUAUCCAGAUUGGUACUGGCGUAGCCCAGGUGUAUUUUAUUUCCUAUUUCAAGGGUAUUGUUGUCUUGGCACUAUCCCUUUUCUCUGUGAUUAUUUGCUGGGCAGAGUAUGUGAAGGCAUCUUCGCCAGAAAACACAGAUGCCGGAGGUUGCGAGAAAUCCAUGGUUUAA